UUUAUGUGUUUGGCUCCGAGACUGGGACGGUGGGUGCGUGCGGUGCAAUCUAGAGAGCGUAUUCCGUGCAUUAUCCGCAACAUGUUACCCAAAUACUUUGCGCCCGACAUGUACAAGUAACGACAGGUGUCGGAGUGAGUGAUCGGGGCAGCGAAGGCUCGGGCCGAAAUGGUCCCGGAAUAGUGAGCUGUGCGUGAGUGUGUUUUCAUCGAGUAGUGCGUCGCACUGGCUUAUUCACUGCUGUCACCGUUUGUUAAUACCUGUGCCAUUCGGGAAAGUCAGCUUUGGGUCAAAUUACGGACGGCCUCUGGAUUCCUCGCGACACCCCCUUGUCACCAUCUACGAUGAGUUCGCGCAACAUACCCUCAGACAAGAUAAAUCUACGCCUCAUUCUUGUCAGCGGUAAGACAAAAGAGUUCCUAUUCAGUCCAAGCGACUCCGCGGGGGACAUAGCACAUCAUGUGUUUGAAAACUGGCCGGAAGACUGGGCGGAAGAGGCAGUCGCCAAAGCGGAGAUCCUACGGCUAAUCUACCAGGGCCGUUUUCUGCACAGCAAUGUCACGCUCGGUGCUCUUGGGCUUCCUUUCGGGAAAACCACGGUGAUGCAUCUGGUCCCACGAGAGAAUCUUCCCGAGCCUAAUUCUCAAGAUCAGAGGCAAAAAAGUAAAGGCGGCGGAAGUAGUUGCUGCUCAUCUUCCUGUCGCAUACUUUAAAACCUCGCCGGCUGCCCUGGAUCACGCGGGGGUCGUUCAGAGUGCGAGCCAGCGCGCACGCGUUCAGGCUGAGCCGUUGGUUUCUAAGGUUUUAUGCUGGUGUAUAAUUGUUAGUGGCUGAGCUCGUGAGCAGUGUAGCAAAAAAAAAAAAGAAAGAAAGAAAGAAAGAAAGAAAGGUGGUUAAAGAGAGGAAAAAGAAAAUAAUAAUGAGAGGUCGCACCGUUUGUCACCGAUCCGCGCGAAUGGUUUCGUUGGUUCGCCCGUUGCGCAUCUGAAUAAACGACAAAAAAAGAAUAUAAUAAAAACGUUUACCGCCGUCCCAGGUGAACGAUUCGUCAUCCUUGUUGUUUUAUUCGGUUGUUUAUUUUCUAAUUCUUUUUUCUUAGGAGAAAUUGUAAGGCAGGAUCUAUACCGUUGCGCGUUUAGCCCACCCAGGGAAAGCAGAAGAACCGACGCGUCAGAGCCAAAUCAUCACAGCCACACCAACACUCAUACACGUACACACAUCUACGUACAAACACUUAAGCAUACACACCAGCACACAUGCAUACACACAGCUAUCCGUUUUGUUCGGUGGUGUAAGGUGUGCCGUACAUUUGGGAAUCUAUUUAUGACCUGUCAUCGCGACGGGAGACGAUCGUUUUAGUCUGUCGACGACCUGCUGGCGUUUGACGCGCAACGUCGAGACGCGUGACGUCGAAAGAACACGCGUUAUUUACCCCAACCCUUAUCCCUUGAACAUCCUCUACCUACCACUUGACGAAUUACAGGACGAGAGUUACACGUUUCGACGGUGUUUACACGCGGCGCCAUCUCCUGUUGUUGUAAGGCGAGUGCUGAUACAAAGAGAAAGAAUAAUAAUAAUAAUAAUAAAAAAUAAACAUUAGUAUGAUAAAAAUUUCGAAAGAGAUUAGGAAGUAGAGCCAUUCGAAGGGGAGGGAAGGCACAUGCUCAGCUCUCUCUCUCUCUGUUGAACUGGCGCUACAAUGCUUAGAAACUCAACCACUAUCCGACUACCGCAGCGUUAAUAGUAAUUACGUAGAACGGGAUCGCGUGUGCGUGUGUGCGUGUGCGUAUGUGUGCACGCGCGCGUGUAUGAACGUGUGUAUGAAUGUGUUGCGUAACGUAUGAGUGCGUGUGUCGCGUCUGAAAGGUCGAGGAGAGAGUAAAUUUAUGUUGUGAUAUGCAGGUAGUGAAUAUAUUAUAUAUACAUACUAUUAUUAAAAUUAUAUAUUAUAUAUAUAUUAUAUUAUAUGUAUAUGAAUAUAAAUAUAUAUAUAAAUAUAUAAUGGUAUGAGACAUGUUGACACACACAGUUAAACUCUCGUACGAUAGACUUUAUUAUCAUGAAUUUAAAGUAAUAUUAUGACGCCACUUUGAGAGUUUAGUAUUUCUGGAUAAGAUUACAGAGGGAAAAAAAAUGAACAUUGGAUCUCUAAUGGUAGUUAUGAUUAAAUAAAAACUCAAAUAUAUUUCCUGUUAGAUAUCCUUCGUCCUCGUCACCAAUUACCAAAUCCUGAUGACCUCUCUCCUAAUUGUCUCCUUGGAUCCUCAUCCCGUCCGCUCUCCUCACUUCGCCUCCCUUUGCUCGACACCUUGGAUCUCCCUUUAUUCUGUUUCCACCCGUCCAUUUUUUAAUCGAUCGGGCCUAGAAUGUCAUUCAUAGACCCAAAACGAUCAAUUUCACGUUAUAUAGGCGAGAAUUUACCCAUUCGAGUAUUGAUUAUUAUAUAGGUUAGGUGCAACCAAACCGUUUAUUAUAAGUUGUAGCCUAUUCUAUACUCAAUCUAUGCUACUACUGUAAUGUAACUAUGACUCUUACCGACGCAUAACACACGUGUAUAUAUAUAUAAUGUUCUUACGUAGUGAAACUCAUCGGAAUUAACAAUGAUCGUGUUAUUAUUUUAUUUAUUCCGUACAAACCUCAGCAGACAUCGUUUCUUCGCAUGUUCAAGAUGUCCUCGCGGUGUCUGCUUGACUCAUAAACCUGUGCCACGCGAUACUAAUUUGUCUUUGUUUCGUAGACAAUCGAGCGGUGAUUUCCUAGAACAGAAAGAAACAAAAAAUGAGAAUCGAGUACACCUAUCAAGAUAUGAUUUUCCUUUUCCCUUAUCUUUAUAAUUCUAAUCAAAUUACGAACAUGCUGCAGAAACUAUAAUUACUUCGAACUUUAAUGCCAGGUAUAACAAAUGAACGGUACUAAAAAAUGUACUUGCGACAGGUGUACUUGUACAUACAAUUUUCGUUCGCAUUUUUUCGAACGAUAUUAAUCCCUUACUGAGUGAAUUUUGUUCUAAGGAAAUUUAUUAGAUAAAUGACACAGUUUAAAAGAUCAUAUUUUAUUCUUUAUUACUGGAUGAAAGUACUUUUAACAGUGCAAACAUUAAGAGGUAAUUCUUCGUAAGAAACUGAAUCGAAAACGUGGAAUAGAAUUUUCUUCUAAAUGCCACUAUUUUCGAGAAAAUCCGUUUUGAAGUUCAAAUGGGGCACGAGCAACCCCUGUCACGUUUAUAUACAAUACCUAGAUAUAGUCAUUUGUAACGCAAGAAGGACUAUUUUCUUAACGAAAGUAUCGAAAAUAUUUUUAUGAAAAGAGAGAAUCGUUCGAGCGCUUGUAUUUUUAAGAAUGAAAACUACGGUUAGCAAAUUUGCGCGUCCCCCAUUUUCCCAGUGUUUCCAGCGCGGAAAUUUUUCGAAUAAAAAUCAAACCUUGUUUAAACGAAUGAAACUAAAUAAAACACGUAAUCGAAUUAAAUUAAGCGACGACUGUACUCGUUAAAGUCGUCAACCAGGGGCGUGCGUGCCCCGUGCAUUAUUCAAAAGUGAUUACCUCGAAAACGAAGACACGUGGGAAAAAAUUAUAUUCUUCAUUUUAUAUUCAGUUUUUCGAGAGGAAUCAAGUUUUACCGCGUACGUCUUCAGAGAACCUUUCUUCGUAUAAAGGAACACGUCCUGGAGUCAUUCAAGUAUACGACACAUAUAUAUUCAAACAAAGUAUUUUUUGCGAACGAUGGACUUUGAAAAAUAAGAUAAAAAACGUGGUACGCGUCAUGCAUGGCACGAUAUUCCAGUAAGGGGUUAAUUGCUAAUUCGUUUGUAUUAUACGUGCGCGUUAAUAUUAAUUGGUAAAUUGGAAUGGGUUUAUGGAGAUGGCUAGCACCUAUAAUUUAGCAUUUUAUUACAUCAUCGUCCGAUUUGCAAUCGGUCGUUGAUCGAGAUUUCGCAGAGUACCGCCGCCUUCGUUUGUUCAUAUUUCUUUCUCUACUCCUUUUUCUCUAUUAAUUGUCUUCAGUUUCUUCUUACUUUCCCUUUCAAUUAAAUAACGUUAAGACAUAGAUUAUCUCCGAACGCUGUUUAUAAAGUAACAAAUUGUUUAGUGAGUAAGUUUAAAAAACAAAAAAAAAUGAACGAGUUGCGAAUAAACACAUCACACGAAUACAUGGACUAUCAGAGGAAAGAAAAAACGAUGCAAUUGUGACUAGGGAAACUCGGUCGAAGAUUUCCGUUUCGUCACGUGUGACACGCGAAGAGAAUGCCGCUCUGUAAUAAGCUUGUUGCACAGUUCCUUUGACGUUACAAUAUUACUUUAAAAUCUUGGAAGCGAACGGGGGCGGGCCGAGGAAGCGCGUGAAAAUUGAAAUCGCGACGAUCAACGACCACCCCCGGUUCCACGCGCAACGACAAAUGUUUCCUUCGUUGGGUGAAUCGUUCCAAAUUUUACCUCGUCUGUCACGAGUUAUUUUGAAUCGUUGUAACGGAAUAAAAAAAAAAAGAAGAACAAGUAAAAAUAAAAACGAAAUCGAGCGCUGUAUCCUUUGUAUAAAAGUGUUCCGUGUAGAGAGCGUUCGAUAAAUGCCACCAUUGUUCGAGAAAUAUUUCUAACGGUAGUCCACUAUCUAUUUCUCUAUUUCUCUUUCUCUGUGUCUAUAUUAAAUAUGCCCGUUGUUCAUUUUUCUAUUUUUUCGUCCUACCUUGACACGAGUAUGAUCUCACGUGAAAACGCUACGAGAACACGUUGUUUUGACAAUGACACGACUAUCGCCAGUGGAACCUUCCGGGAGAUCAUAAAUGGAGGAAAGGGAUUAAUUUCUAAACAUAGUGUAUUAUAUUAACUAUACGCCUCUGACUCUCUUUGCUGUUUAAACGAGUAAACGAAACAAACCAAAAAGAAAAAAAAUGAUGAAAAAUUUGAAUAACAAUAAAAUGGUAUUCUUAAAUACAGAGAUUAAAAAAAAAAAAUAAUGUAACGAACGAACAUAACACACACACAGUCUCUACGAGGAAUAUACUCUCGCACUACAUCAUAUCAAAAUUCUAGCGGAUAAGAAUCAAGUCGUAGAUUUAUUCGUACAACGGAAUGUCUCGAGGGGGGAGAAUGGAGCGCGACGUUCGUACGACAUCGUGCAACAACGUACAAAAGUUUUGAUUCUUCAUCGACGUUCACGUGCAUCUAUAAAUAAACGAAAUGUUCAGUGGCGUUUAACCUGUUAAUGUAAAAUGAGCUGAUUACAGAUUUUUAUUGGCGCAACGCGAAAAAAAAAAAUAAAACGGUAUUCUCCUAUAACGAGUUGUGAAACAGGUGUUAAACAGUCUUCACGGUCGAACAGCUGUUGAUCUGUCCUUUGUGUUCAAUUGCAAUCUUAUUUGGAGAAGAAGGAAGUCCUAUCGAGGGCGAAGAACAAACUAUGCCGUCUGAGGUUCCCUUGUUUCUUGCGAAUCGAAAGCUGUAGUCAAUUCAGAUUACCUUGAAAAGCUCCAUCGUGUACGCGCCAAUUUGUCAGAGUUCGACAUCGAUUGCUUUUAUCAUUUUUUCUCUGACUUAACACUUUGAGUUCGAUGCAAAGAAAUUUUUAUGAAAGGAAUCAAUUACUUUUCCACGUUAUUGGAAAAUACAAAUUUAGUAUUCGUCUCAUGGUGACAUAUUAUCAUGGUUAGUGUAUAUUCCUUCUCUGUAUCCAACUCUGCCAUCGGCAUUCUUCAUCCUGACACUCGGAUCGCUAAUCAGGAAUAUUUGUCACGUGGAAAACGAUAAUGCAAUAGCUGGUAACAAACACGUCAGAUGUUUGAUAGACGUUUGAUAAAAAUCAAAAUGAUAAACAAUCGUUAUCGACAGAAGCUCACAGAUGAUAAUUUUUCGAAUCCCUGGGUACGGGAUUUCCUAAAAAAAAAAUAAACAAACAGCUGUAAUACUUCGCUCUUAAACACAUUCCAAAUUGAUCCCGAUCCCCUCUCCUAACACCCUCGUCCCUCCACUUGUUUUAAUUAUCCGCGUGAGUCGCAAUUAAAAUUACUAAAAAAAAAAAUUAGGUGUCGUUAAAAAUUCCGUGUUGUUCGAUGUUGAAGUUCAAACGCGAUCGUAGAACGUGUAAUAAUGGUGUAAUAUCGGUUGUAACAUGCCUGAGAAAUUUAGGAACGCGUGACAAACUCGUGUUAGACGCGCCACCAGUAUUGAUGUCGAGAUUCACGAUUUCAAAAAAAAAACUAAAUAAGAGAUGUACAAAGCAAACUAUAAUUUUAUACGGAAAUCGGGAUGUAUAAUUUACUUGACACAUUGCGCGCUGGUCUAUACUAUACGCUUUUAUAUCGAAUGGAACGCGUUUUACUUAACCGAAAUUAUAAAAAUGAAUCUUAUAGAUCUCAACAUUUCAAUUAUUUUCAUCUACUUAAAGAUUCGACUCGAAUCUGCUGCAUUCGAUCUAAUUAGUUUUUAAUAACAUAUUUCCGUUUCCAUUUUCAAUUAAAAGUCUUCUACAAGAACGUAGCAUAUUUUCUUAUGAUAUGUAAUGUACGUAUUGGUAAAGGAUAAAACGUUUUUAAAGUAUCGCAUGUUAAAUAUCUAAUUCAUUGAAAUCAGGGGGUUCGACAGCUGAGGUUAAGCCAGCACGCAAUGUGUUAAGGGUUCGGCGAACGUUAAAAUUUCACACGUUACGCCUACCACUUAGAAUCAAACAACAUUGUUGUAUAAAAAUUCUGAUCACCUCUGCUGUCUUCGAGUGACUGAAUAAAUCCUGCUGAUCCUGCGUUAACGGUUCGAUAACAGUAUUUUUCUAGGCGAUGACAUAAUGCACACACAAUGUGUGAAACAAAUAUUUAUCACAACUUUCUUACACGAAUUCUGCGCAUUCGAAUUGGUGGAGGUUUAUUUGAGAAUUCAAAUUAUCUAAAAUUGAUAAGGAAAUACAAAUUGCAAAACGUACCACAUGUCAUCUCUCAUCUCUUUCUGUGAAACUCCAUUAUGUUACAUUUAAAAAUAUGUACAUUUUCAAGAUCAAAAUGAUUUUAAAGUUUCCUUUGAACUUCCAACAAUUAAAAUGCUUAGAUUCGUUUGUGGAAGCCGCGACAAAUAUUUCUAUUUGCACAAUACGUGUAAAUUCGCGUAAACCAAUUUCGAGAGAAAAGAACACAUCCACACAUUUUUGUUUUUAACAGAUUCAGUUCACUGAAAAUUGUUUUCCUUUUAUUUCUUUUUUUUUUUUAAAUAUCAUUUUCCUUCGUUCGAUGAAUGCGUAAAAUUUGAGACGACUUAACAUGUAAAACCACUUCCUGCAUCGAUUAUAAUUUACUCUCCUGAGAAACGGUUUCGAGCUAAAAAAAAUGUCUUUUUAAUCCUUCAAUAAGGGAGAUGUAUAAAACGUUUUCAACUGGCCGUCCUACAUAGAAUAUGGCGAAUGUUAAAUACAUUAUUUGAAAGCUAUCCUACUUAUUGCCAUAACUUAUUGAUGCGUGUAAAUUGUAACAAAAAUGAUCCAACGUACUAACGCUGAAGGUGUAACACAAUGUAACACGCAAUAAUUUUUGUAGACCUUAUGUUAAUAAAACCGAUGUUAAUAAAUUCUUCCGUAUUGAUUCGAGUAUGUAAAAGUAAUUUUCAAACGAAACGGUAAAUCGAAGUGGUAAAUCUCGUGGAAAUAUACAUUCGUAUUGGUAAUUGUUUUACAGCAUCUGCGUGUUAAUUUACACAAAAUGUAAUAGACAUUGAAAAUGAGCAGU